CGGUUUAGAUCUAAACCGCCACACGAGAAUCUAUUGAUCUCGGUUUAAUAGUAGUAUUAAAGACUCGUUCUACGAGGAUGAUGGCGGGUAAAAUUGGGAGGCUUCCGGUUUAGACCAAAACCGCCACAGGAGAAUCUAUCAACGCCUGAGAAUAAUUGGUCUUUGGUCAAAAUUCAAUUUUAAUUCUCUAUUUGGUCAAUUCAAUUCAUUUAAUUUUCUAUUCUUAGUGUAUGCUCUGCCUAUCAGCAAAAAAACUAUAUAUAUUUACAGCUACCAUCAUCAUCUUCUUCAUCAAACAUAAUCACAAAACUUCAGAAAAAAGUCAAGAAACCAACGAAUCAAGAACCGGUUUAGUUCUUGUAUACACACACACACACCAAUGGCUUCAUUGCAGGUUUCAAGAUUAGUUCUUUCGUCUUCCUCUUCUUGCAUGAGACCUAAAGCUGCGGUCUCCAUCCCGAAACUGCCGAAAUUUAACGUCUCUGUUCCGAAGAUACCGACUUUGUCGGUUAAAGAACCGAGCUUUGAGGUGGAUGGGUUCAUGGAAACCCUUCCUCUUCCGUUGAAACAGAGGAGAGACUCUGAUUCUAUCCAAAGGGCACGCCUGAAUGCAGUUCUUGAAGCAGUUAUGGAUAGGAUCGAGAUGCACAAGAACAUCGGAGAUCAACGGAACAAUUGGAACUCUUUGUUGCUCAAUUCCGUCAACAUGAUCACUCUCACAGCCGCUUUGAUGGCUGGAAUAGCCUCUGUUAAUGUUCACGGAGGAGACUCUGUAACGGCCGUGAAGAUAGCUUCGACGGUUUUGUUAGCUUCUGCCACAAGUAUCAGUGCCUUGAUGAGCAAGAUUCAACCGUCGCAGCUCGCUGAAGAACAGAGGAACGCCACGAGGCUGUUCAAGAAGCUCAGAACAGAGCUCGAAAUGUUUCUGAGAGAAAACGAGGCAAUCUACGAGGAAGAUGUGAAGGAAGCGAUACAGAGAGUGUUGGCUCUAGACAAAGCUUACCCUCUUCCUCUAAUCGGAACAAUGCUCGAGAAGUUUCCCGAAGAGUUUAAACCGGCGACUUGGUGGCCUGAAAACAAACAGAGAAACCCUAAGACAGGUCUUGCGAACGGGUGGAGUCAAGAGCUGGAGAUGGAGAUGAGAGAAGUGGCUCAUGUGGUUAAGACCAGAGACGCAGAAGAGUAUGAGAAAUUAGGUAACGUGGCGUUGAAGCUAAACCGGUUCUUGGCUAUCUCUGGACCGGUUUUAACCGGAGUUUCUGCAGUGAGCUCUGUUUUUAUCGGUCAAGAUUCCGGUUUAGCUGGAGUUGUGGCGAUGACUUGUGCUUCUUUGGCUGCGAUUGUCAACACUUUGGAGCAUGGUGGUCAAGUGGGAAUGGUGUUUGAGAUGUAUAGAAACUCUGCGGGAUUCUUCUCUCUGUUAGAAGAAACGAUGAACUCGACAGAGAAGAGAGAGCAUGGACAGGUGUUUGAGACAAAAGUUGCGUUGAAGCUAGGGAGAAGCUUGUCUGAACUGAGAGAUCUCGCAAGGAAAUCUAAAAUCUCUCAGGUUAAGGCUAAUGAAUUUGCAAGCAAGCUUUUCUAGGUUUUAGUAGAGAUAACUUCCAUUGAUUUGUAUAGAUGAAUUCAUUCAUUCUUUGAUUUAUUUGUAUCGACAAAUUUAUUUUACUUUUACAAAAGACAAUAUAAACCGAUUGGUAUGAAAUUUUCACACCAAAAAAAUGACCAGAACAUUGAGAACUUGUUUAAAAAAAAAAUUAACAUUUAGAACCAAUACUAGAUUUAGAUCCGUGUAGACCCCGGUCGGGUUGGAAAGCCAAAGUAACAACAUGUUCAAUACCACUAGGCUGCUUCAAUAUUGUAACUACCUGCAUAUUAUUAAUAUAUAUAUGAUUUUAAUUUAUUUUUCUUUUUACAAAAUAAAAUAAAAAAUAGAUAAAACAUAAUAUUUUGGGUUUGAAAUUAUAUACCUGAACCGAUCUGGAAUUGGAUGGAACCGACCCGAAUCCAAACCGAAAUUCUACCAAGUACUAUUUGGAUAUAAUUUCUCUAUAACCGAUAUCCCCAAAACCGAACAAGUUUUACCCGAAACCAACCCGAAUACCUGAAGUCGCAGCCCUACAUCAUAUUAUUAAAUAUUAAUAGUAGCUAACUAUUAAUAUUUAUUUUAUCAUAUAUAUAUGUACGUAUAUCUAUUUUUACGUUUUCUAUAAAAACUAUAUUAUUAUAUAUUUGGUGAGGGUUUUGAAGAAUUUGUUUCUUGCACUUGGAUUAAUUUUUUUAUCCAUUAAAGAUACUCGUGUUAUUGACUUUGUGAGAAUUAAAGUGAGCGCGAUACGUAAAAAACUGAUUUAUCAAAUAUUAUUAUAGAGAUAGGAAAUGCAAUUUCUCAUAAAAUAAUAAGAAUAUUUUUAUUUUUUCUAAAGUUUCCCCUAGUUUUAAUAGCAACAUUUUCCCAUUAUAAGGUGUUAAUGGUUUAUAUAUUUUGAUUGAUUUAGAAAUCCAUAUAGUAUUUAUAAAUCCAAGUAAAAUAUGCAAAUCCGGAGGUUUUCCCUCGGAUUUGAGUCUUUGUAUUUUUAACUAAAAAAUCCAAACAAAUCCA